AUGCCAGCGCCGCAUGAUAUUGAUAACGUUGAGUCAUCACCGCUCGUGUCUCACAACUACACCUCAUCUACAUUUGUUCUCCCUCUCUUUACAAAGUUCAACUACUACCUAUUCUCAAGUCUACAUCUUGCUUACGCUUGCUCGUCCUCUGGAUUAUCACAGAACAAAAUCACCGCCAAAAUCUCUCUGCAAUUUCAGAACACAACCUACAACAUGCCACCCAUAACAACCGCUCUUGUCCAAUCUCGCCCCCUAUUCGACCCCAACCCCAACACAGUCGUCGCCUCUCUCAUCCUUUCCAAGCCCCUAUAUCACAAAUGCCGCAUCUCUGACCACCUCAUACUCGUCUUCCUCUGGGGCCGUCACAUGGGCAUCUUCACACGCUCCCAGCUUGAAAAAUUAUCCAGCGUCUUCACCAGCAAAGACGCGUUCACCCGCCACAUCCGCAAGCAUGAAGGAAACCCCGCCCGCGCUCCAGAUGGCACCAUCAUGGAAAUCGACGGAGUAGGUUAUUCGGGCAAUACAAGGGAGCCAGUUGGACCUUGGGACUUCGAAAACGUGAGGGAUUGUGGCGGGUACUCGGAGUGGAGGGCAGGCUUGGAGAGAACGCUGGAGGAUGCAUUGAGGGAAGGGGUGAAGAGUGAGGAUUUCAACACGCCGUGUCCCGGGAGAGAGGAGCUGGAACAGGCCAAUGCCUUGGAGCCGCAGUGGGGGCCGAAUGGGAAGCCGAUGCCGUAUGUGGUUCGCAAGGGCCUGAUCGACCAGCGGGAUGGCAUCAAGGACAAGAUUGGCAGUUUUCUGGCGUAUGUCGACAAGGAGGUCAAGACGGAGCAGGGGAGAGAGAAGGUACAUCAGAUGUUCCGGGAUGCGUUGAAGGGUGUCCUGGACGGGAAGAGGAAUAAGGAGUUCCGUGGUGUAUUGGGCGGGAUGAUGACCAAGAUUCUGGAGAGGGUGCAAGGCUUCUUGGAGUUCUUGGAUGAGCGCGUGGAGAAUGAGCCGGUGAAGCAGCAGAAGUUUGGGGAGUUGCGGGGGAUUAUCGAUCGGGCUUUCCAGGACAAGGACAAAGAGAAGCGGAAGCUGGAAGGGGGGGUGACUUCGAGCGAGGCUCUUCGAAAGCGAGCCAAAGUCUUCGAGGAGACAGUAAUUCCUGAUCUUCACAAACUUAAGCGAGAAUCGACCUCCUCGGCAUUCUCUUCGCCAUCUGCCUGCGCAUCCGCAUCCACACCCACAUCCAGACAUCCAACACCUUCGGUCCAGCCAGUCGAGAGGAUAAGCAUGAAUACUAGGCAAUCUACCAAAAUGGCCGCCUAUUUUGGGGGCCUUAAGGCAGGCCAGAUUCCGGUUGCAGACCGUCCUAAGUCUCGGUCAGAAGCCAGUGCGGAACGCUCCAGGCAGACCCGUGUCACCAUGGGGUUGUCAAAGCCUGCGGCACCGGCACCAGCAAUGAAUAGCUCCGAGGGACAAGGUGACAAUGUUGAGGACGAUGACGAGUUGCUUGAGAACCAGUUGACUGAUAGCACCAAAUUUUGGACAGCCAUGGAAGACCAAGACACCCAGAAUGACACCUACAGCAUAAGGAACAGCCCCAAGCAAAUUCUCCGCCCAAGCGCCCGCAUCGUGGAAGAAGUGAUCGACUAUGAGGAAGAUAUGCUCGAAGCACAGGUUACAGGCAAUAUCUCCCUCCACAGAGCAGUGGAAUACCAACGAGGCGAGGGUGAGGACGACAACGGCCCACGAGAUACCCACACUGUGCACAAAAAUACCGAAGUCGGAGAAGAGCAGGAGCAGGAGCAGCAAGAACAAGUUGACGUUUUGAGCUCCUCCGCCGACGAAGAGAUAGCCCGUCUCCGAGCAGAGUUCUCUCGUUUCUACAGCCCUGAACUCCCGUUCAAUCCCCAACCACUGACCACUUCCCGCGUCAGAAGCUUCAACUCCAAAGAAGAGCCGGUGGAAGAAGAGCCGGUGGAGGAAGACAGAUCCGUGCGCGAGGAAAGCGAGUCUCUCUUCCUCCCUCCCAGUAUCAAACAUGAGCCAAAUGAGUCGGAAGCAGUCUUCCCCUCUCCUAAUAUCAAAAAUGAGCCAGAUGAGUCAGAAACAUUCACCCAACGAAAUCCAAUUCCAAUGAGAACAACAGGGAGUGGUGGAAUAUAUUUGCAAUCGGAAGUGCCAGUGGAAGAUGGCAUUAAGAAAGAGCCUGCCGAAGUCGCUUACCAGACUGCGAGACAUUCCCCUCCACCUUCUUCACACAGAUCUCAGGCGGAAAGAAAAGCUACGGAUCGCCGCCCAGGAGAUGAUAAAGAUGAUGGGAUCCAGCCCGAUGUCGUGGAAGUCGUCUACAGUUUUACGAGACAUGCUCCUCCAUUUUCCUCAUCUAAUACCCAGAUCCGGACGAGAAGAACAGCCACCAUGGAUCUCUAUUCAAAUGAGGACAGAAGUUACGAUGUCGAAUCUGAGCCUAGCAGAGUCUCCGCUCAUAGGCUGCGCCAAGCUACUACGUUUCCUUCACCGAAGACAAAGACGAGAAGCAAGAGACACGGCGAAAGAAAAGUUAUCAAUCUCGACCCUCCCUCUGACAGCGAUUUUGAGAUCAAAAUCGAGGAGCCUGGCGUCUUCCGUCACAAAUCAGCAUCGAUGCCAAAGCGCAAGCGAAGAAGCAAGGUCAUUAACCUCGAGUCCGGAGCCGGGGAGGACAGCGGCGACGAUGGGGUUAAGGUAUGCUCGAGGCAGGAGUGGCUGCAGGGCGUGCGGAAGAAGCCGCGGGGGGGAGGAGGAGGAGGAGGGAGGGGGAGGAGGACGCUCGCGAUAUGGACAUGUUCAUGCCUACCACUAACUAGCCCGCGCUUCCGAGCCUUGGGAGAAUUCCGUAGGGAGAGUGUGACGGACCUCUUCAACCUCGCACAUACAAAAGGUCGAGCUCCCAACAGCAAGCAAGCAAGCGCGCGGUUAGAUUCGUUCAGCAGGCCCAUCUAUCUCAUCCGCAAUAUCCGUUCGAUGUUCCGUAUGUGCGACGACCUCACGCUUGAAGAUUCAAGGUCGAAACUUCUACUCAAGGCAAGGAGCGAAGCGGAUUGA